UAUAAGAGUAUUUUGAGUCAGAUUGUAUUCAAAAGGAAAGCUUUGACCUAAUCCUGGGUUUAACCAGGAGUAGUUUCCUGUGGAAAAAUCAAGAAUCUUCUGUAGGCAUGUGAACAUUGGAAAAACUUAAAUUAACCACGAGGAGAUUUAACAUUCAUAUGCAGAAAAAACUGUUUGUUUUUGAUUGUUUCCCCUUGAGAUGUCCUAAGAGAUGCCAUUUAAAAAGGGGAAGUAUGAACUGCCAGGAAAUUACUUACUUGGAUACAACAGCCUCUCUCUGCUGAGUUCAUGUCGGCUUCUCUGUCUUCGGGUCUCAGGUCGGCUAUGAAGCUUUCUGUGCAUCCAAUGCUGUGGUGCAAUUGGCUAGUUGUGUGUGCCUCAGGAAUUGAGACGCAGUCCAACGCUCCAGAUGUCUGUGAGGAUAAAAUAGACCCGGGCAGCCUCUUUCCACAGAGCCCUCGGGGGCAGGGACACGACGUCGAGGAGGCGAAGGUGAACGAUGGCUUCCGCUGCCUCUUCUCCCCGACGAAUACACUCGACUGCUCCUGGUCCCUCGACACUUUACAGAAGGAUGCUCAGCUCUUUGUCCAUCUCAGUAUCUGUGAUGACGACAGAGCGGUCCACUAUCCCAACACUUCGUCCGAGGAGCGGGUCGGAUCGAUGUCUUUGACUCUGCGGGAGCACGAGGAGCUGUACGUAAUCCUCCACUUCAACAUCACCCUGCACGACGCCUGGACGCUCUACACCUCGACCUACGACAUGGAAAUGCUCGAGGUCCUGCCUCCGCCCCAAAAUAUCUACAUCUCAGUCCGAGAUGGAGGCCUGUUGGUGACGUGGGCUCUGCCCCAAAGUCGAGUACGAGUCAACCCUUCGUGCUUUGAAUACCAGCUGGACAUGGGUGACCAGGAAAAACCCAAAGACUUGACGGACCGGCUGUCCUACACGGAGCCCAACGUCGACCCCCACUGCACCUACAGUGUGAGGAUGAGGACGAGGAAGAGGGGCGUCUGUCAGGAAUCUUCCCAAUGGAGCGACUGGAGCCCCGUCGUCAGUGAGUGCUGUUUGUGUGAGUCACGUGGAUUAGUCUUUGAACCGAAGACUGCUGACCUUUGUAUCAUCUUCAUAUAUUUACAUAUAUGUAUACAUUUAUGUAUAUAUAUAUAUGUAUAUCAGAAUCAGAAUCAGAAUCAGUUUUAUUGGCCAAGUAGUUUGCACAACAAGGAAUUUGUCUUGGUAAAGUGUCUCUGUGCUUACACAAAAUGUACAUUACAACACAGAACAAACAAAAACAAAUAGUGCAGAACAGAACAAACAGUGCAAAGGUCUAAGAAGUAUUAGAAAGUGACUUAAAGUAUAUACAAGAAGAAGUGGAGAGUGCGAGAAGAGAAGAGAAGGGAUAAAUAUAUAUGCUACAGUGGGUUAUUGUUUAGUAGUGAGACGGCGAGGGGGAAGAAACUGUUUUUGUGUCUCGAGGUUUUGGCGAACAGUGAUCUGUAGCGUCUACCAGAGGGGAGGAGUUUAAAUAGUUUGUGUCCGGGGUGGGAGGGGUCUGCAGUGAUUUUUCCUGCCCGUUUCCUGACUCUGGAGGUGUACAGGUCUUGGAUGGUGGGCAGGUUGGCACCGAUGAUCUUCUCUGCAGACCUGACUGUCCGUUGGAGUCGGUUCUGGUCUAGUUUGGUGGCCGAUCCAAACCAGACAGUGAUUGAAGUGCACAGAACAGACUCUAUAACUGCGGUGUAAAACAUGAUCAGCAGCUCCUGAGGCAGGUUGUACUU